UUUACGUUUGGUACGCUUUGGGUAGUUCGUAAAAGUGACGUUUUGCGUUUCGACGGCAUUGUGUACGUUGUGGUGCGUUCGUAUGUUUGUUAUGAAAGUUGUUGUUGUUGGACCAACUGUCAAAAUCGCACAGUAUAUCUUAUAGAGUAAAACGUCAUCGAACAAUAGAAAAAAGGAAGAAAAAAAAGAUUAUUUCUCCUUGGAUGCAUUUGGGUGGUGAACUGAAAUUUUGAUUGAGUGUAAUUUCAUUUUCGAGCGAUUGUUAAGACAUUUUUGGCAAACAUGGCAACGCGAUCGUUAUCCCGAAAUUUGCCAUAUAUAAAUCAACAGAUAGCUGCAUUAUUGGUCAACACGUCACCGUCGGUUAAGUUCAUUUGUAUCGUCACCGUAUUCGGUUAUCUGCUGUCAUUCUCUGAAACGGCUAUAAAAGCGCUGAGCGUCACUCCAGGCUACAUUCUACCGCCACAAUUUUGCAUUUGGACGGCGUUCACCUUUUGCUUCCUGGAACUGUAUUUGUGGGAAGUAUUUUUGGAUAUAAUCAUCGUUGGACUGUGUGGUAAACUCAUCGAACCACUAUGGGGUCAAAUGGAAAUGAUGACUUUUUUUGCCAUCACAAACAUCGGUGUGGCCGUCCUCUCGUCCAUGUACUAUUUGUUUGUUUAUUUUUGCACAAAAGACGAUGAACUAUUGUUUGAUGUUCACAUCCAUGGACUAUCUGGAUACGUGGCAGCCGUCUGUGUGGCCGUUCGACAAAUCAUGCCCGAUUUGCUGAUCGCCAAGACACGUAUUGGCAAACUCACAAAUCGCAAUAUGCCAUUGAUUGUGGUGUUCUUUUCAAUAAUCUUCUGGUUGUGUGGAAUUUUGGACGGAACCACGCCAACGAUGUUUAUAUCGGGGUUGAUUGUCUCAUGGAUCUACUUGCGAUUUUACCAGUUGCAUGCCAAUGGUAAUCGAGGCGAUGGUUCAGACAGCUUUACAUUUGCUAGCUUCUUCCCGACAAUUUUGCAACCAGCAAUCAGUGCUCUAGUCAAUCCAUUACAUAAGCUAUUUUUACGCAUUGGUAUCGUUAAGCCGCAUGUUGCGUCACGAAACUCAGCACAUUCGUUGACCUCGGUGGUGUCUAUACAAAAUGUUGAUAUGCACGACAUGGAACGGCGACGACAAAUCGCUCUGAAGGCAUUGAGCGAACGAUUGUCACGAACCACAGACUCGAGUAGACAAAAAAUUCUACCGAAAUCAUUUCCACAUCAUCAUCAUCACCAUCAAGGUCACAGUCAUGGUCAUGGUCAUGCUCAUGGACACCAAUUCUCCGACAGUGAUCAACCUUCGUUCAUAGCGUCGACAAAGGCUCCGAUGGAGUUCACUAUACCUGCAAUCCCCUUGCCACCACCACCAUCAAUGAUAACGCCCGCACAAUACUCGCAGCCAACUGAAGCAGCUGCACAAGGUGCCACAACGGCAACCCUCAUUGACCUGGGCUCGUCGACCGAUCAACCGUCGAAUAAUUCAUGAAGCUCAGACAUUGAUUUGAUAGCAACUGUUUGAAGAAAAAUUUUUUUUAGCAAAUUCUAAUUAAUUAACCGUUAAUGAUAUGUAAGCAACGAAUUAGUCAGUGAUUUAUCCUUGUUGAAUGCGCGAUUAUUGUCUCCUUUGAACUCAUCCAAAAUAAUUGAUGCAUAUUACUCUUUGUUUCAUUCACGGAUUAAUGGACUUGAUCCGUAUCGACUUAUUUUCUCUUUUUUUUCCUUCUCUCUAUCAAUUGGAAAAACUAUUCAUCUAAUGUCCAUCUUAUUUCCAUCGACAUUUCGUUCUAUUCAUCAUCGAGAAGCAUUUCUUUUUCUCAGUCUUUUUUAAAUUUACAAAUGAAGGCGAUCCAUGCAUCGUUUUGGAAACAUUUCUGUACUUUUGUAAAUAUUAAAACACUGAUAACAAAUUUUCAAUUUAAAUUAUUCAUUUUCGGGUUUUUUUUAUGAAUUUUUUCUUCGCGUUUUAACUUUUUUGCUCAUGUGCAAAGAAAAAAAAAUGAUAUGUAAAAAGUGACAUGAUUGUAUAAUGUAUGGUCUAAGAUUUAUUUGAUUAAGAAAAUAAAACACUUUCUGAAAAUUAAAA